AGCAGUGCUGUCCUGAUGCUGGUUAGUGUCGGUGUGGCUCAGGUCAGUGAGCCUCAGGACCAGCUCUCUCUCUCUCCAGCAGUGUGGGCCCUGUUCUCAGUGCAGUAGUAACCUGUUGGUUCUUCUCUCAGAGAUGCUCAGUACCCAAGACAUGGAGACAGUUGCCGAGGCAACAGGCUGCUUGUCCGAGCUCCAGCCCCUGCAGUGCGAGACAGACUGUCUCUCAGACCGGUACCGCUCCAUCACAGGAGAGUGCAACAACAGGAAGCACCCCCGCUGGGGUGCGGCCAACACCCCCUACGCUCGCUGGCUGCCAGCACAGUACGAGGACGGUCGCAGCGCCCCCCGCAGCUGGGACCCCCAGCACCGCUACAACGGACACCCCCUGCCCCCGGUAAGAACGCUCCUCCCCUCGGCUCGCUGGACCCCUGAGCGGACCGGGAGACAGCGGGCGGCUCGUCCUGACGUCUGCACGGGGGAAGAGGAACACGCCAGCUGCCCGCAGCGACUCCACGUGACAGCCGAGUUUAAACGAGCGCGCUUCAUUCUCGUCAGCGAAUCAGAAAUGACCCAGCCUGAGGACACAGACCCCCACUGCGGCGCGGUUCCCCGCCUGGCACAUGGCUUCUCCCUGCGCUGUGGCGCCGCGGUCCUCUACGAGUGUCGCCGUGGUUACCAGCUGCGGGGCUCCCCUUCCGUGACCUGUGACCCCCACAGUGGGCAGUGGCGCCCAGCUCCCCCCGCCUGCCAAGAUAUUGACGAGUGUGCCAGCUUCCCUGCGCCCUGCCCGCCCUCGGACACCUGCGUCAACACGCCGGGGUCCCACCUGUGCACAGACAAGGGGACGGCCCCCUCGCCCCAUGUGACCUCCGUGGUCGCCGCGGUGAUGGCAGUGACGGGAGGCGUGGCUCUGCUGUUGCUGGUGGUCACAUGCUACAGGAGGGUUGGCAAGAGACGACAGCCUAUGAUUGGUGGAUGCUGCGGAAAGGAGGCGGGGCCGAGAAUUGUCCAAUUCCCCGCCGGGGAAGGACACACCACUGAGAAGAAAGGGGAGGGGCCACAACGAGACUAGCGAUUACAGACCAAUCAGACUGCGUCCAUGUGCUAAUAACACACACUCAUCGCACAGCUGGUCUGUCUCUAGACUCAUAUACUCACAGUAGUUUCCUGUAAUACUGCGUCAGGCAGCUGACAGAAAUGUCUUUGCUUCCUAUUAAACUGGCAGAGUUUACACUGCUCUCCUUGGGUGAAUGUUGUUCUUGCCUGAACAGAACCCGUCCAGUGACGUUCUCCAGGAUCAGUCCAGCUCAAGUCCAGGACAGCUGUUGUCAUCCACUGGAGUCCAUCUGACCCAGGUGCUGGCUGGGUAACCAACAGGACUGGGAGACCAGCUCUGACACACACAUAUACAGAGACAGACAGACACAAACGCGCAGACAAAGAUACACAUUGAUACACGCACACUGAUAGAGGUUCACACAGAUAUACACACACUGAUAGAGGUUCACACAGAUACACA